CCAGUCUUGGUUUUUUCCUCACAGCGACGCAGUGCAGGGUCGGGAGCUCAUCUUCUUCAAGGGAAGGGCCUCGUCCUUGUUGUAGCUGGGCUAUGAAGUGGGAGAUUUGAAGGCACCGCUGCCCCUCAGCGUUGGGCCGUGUCUGGAUUCUGCGGCUAGAGUUAAUGGUUGGGAACUGCAUUAUAUAUCUGCUGCACUAGAAUUGGAAGAAUGGCGUUAGCGAACCUUCAAGUAUUGGGCGCGAGCAGCUUGCAUUUCGUAAGAGUAAUUACUCCACAGACACGAGUUCAAGCGCGAGAUAAAUCUCGUACACCCCCUGAUGCAGUUACUUUUAGGCCUAGAAAGCUUUGCAGAGUCCAGCACCCUUCUUGUUCUGGCAGUUUCCUGAGUUCACGACGUGGAGGUUUGAUCCGGUUUCAAAGACCACAUGCCCUAUCAUUGCAGAUGAUCACUGCUGACCACGAAAAUAGUGGAGAGCAGGAUCCUGAGCUAUCUUCUGAAACUGCAUUUGAAGCCACGGACGCGUCAUCAGAGUUGCAAGAAGAGGAGAAUUUGAAACAAAUUAUUGUUGUUUCUUUGCAAGGCUUUCAGGAGCGUCUUAAAGAACUACGUGAACGUGGAAUGCUUGAAAGUGCUAAAUUAGGAUAUCAAGACGCUCAAGAGAAAGUUCAAAAUCUUGAUGCUAAGCAGUUGAUCACAGAUUUAAAGUCCUCUCAAUUGAGCAACCAUGCAGCUAGAUGGUGGCAGACAUCCGAUCCCUGGAUUAAGUGGCCUAUUGCUAUUUUUGUACCUUUCUGCUUGCUGGUGACGAUAUUCUUUGGCCUAGCAGUGUCACAAGAUCUGCUGCCUUUAUGGAUUUUGGGACCAUUGAUUACUGGCAUUGUGAUCCGACAAGUUUGUCGAGCAGCUGAAUUGAGUCGCGUAGUGGCUGAGAAAACAGCUGAUCAGAGAGCCCAACUAAAUGCUGCAACCUUGGCGCUAUACAAAGAUGCGAAGGAAGGGACACUACCAGAGAAAGCGAAGUUGUUGGCAGAAUCAACGUUGUCUGAAUUGGGGGAGAGAAUAUCAACAAAAAAGUCUGAGAUCACAGUCUAUGUUUCAAGCGGGCAGGCAGCAACGGGCGCGAAGAUUUUUCUUGUAAACAAGGCAACUGACUUUGGGGAAUACACUGCUGAGCAGUAUGCAGAUUACAUGGAGUGGUGGAGGCCGAAAGGCCGUGCUCUUUCAAGAUGGUUGAAAAAAAUCUUCUGAUUUAAUCAGACUCCGAGUCUAGUUUGGUGCAACUCACAAACUGGUACUCUUGCAAGUGACAUCUUAGAAGCUGGCAUUUUGAAGCAGUUUUGACUUUCCAGCUUGAAAUUAGUUCACAUACCUCAGUUUUGGAUUGCCACUAAUAGUGGUCGUUAUUCUUUCUAGUCCCCAACCAUAAGCGCUUCCCCACACAAGGGGACCGGAAGUCCUGCUGGAUAUAGGACCAUGAGUUAGGUAUUUUGGCAACUUCUACAAUACAGAGAAUUUUUGCAACAGUGAAUGAUCAGGAAGAUUCUCUUAAAUGAACUUAGUCAUUACUCUGUUUUUGACGUUGUUCAUUUAUAUCGUUUCCAGGGUUCCAAAAUACUCCUGACCUUUUGUAGGUUUUCCAGAGCUUUAUGUACUUUUCACUUUCAGCACGCAAGUACGAGUGACACGGCAGGUUGAGCACUUCAAAAUCCAGGAUUGUCAUGCUUUGAGCUCCUCGUCUUCUUAUUCAAGUCUACUUUAGUUUUUUCAA